GCCCGCGACACGAGCAUCACAUUUACUGUCAGACAGUUUAUUACAGCGCACGCGCUUCCGGAAACUUAUUGCUGGUGCGCAGCCUCGCGCGCCGCGACCUGCUUUAAGUUUGUGUUUAUUAAUAGAGAGAGAGAGACUGCUGUCUGUCUGACUGUCUGUCUGUCUGUCUGUCUGUGUGCGCACGCGCGGCUUCGUUGUUAAAAAAUUAAGGCUGCAUUGCUGCUGAUGAUGAAGAAGAUGAUGAUGCUGAUGAUGAAGAUGUUUUCUCCGGAGCAGCUGAGACGCAGAGACUCGUCCUGAAUCAGCUCCGGUUCCGGGCGGGGAGUGAAGCGGAUCUGCGCAGCUUCCACAAAAGCAAGGUAGAGCUGUCUCACUGCACCGGAGUCUGGGCGUGGUCUCAUCACACUGGAGGAGUCUCGCAGCACGCCACAGUCAUGGAGAAGUGCUGUUCUGAAUGUCCAGAGCCGAGAGUGGCCCAGAGUUUAUGCACCUUCUGCAACAAGUGGCUGUGUUUCCAGUGUACAGAUCUGCACCAGCACGAGAGAACGCCAGCAGCUCCACCGCCUGAGUCCCGCCUUCACCCAAGCACCAGCAGCCCCACCCUGCCCUCAGAACCAGGUUCGGCGUGUUGUGGCCGAGCGGUCGUCAUGUGUCUGCACCAUAAACAGGAGCUUCUGGAGCUCUUCUGUGAGACGUGUGACCUUCUGGCCUGCAGCAGCUGCCACCUGUCUGCACACAAGGACCAUCGGCUGAUCCACGUUGGCAAGGCUUUACAGGAUCAGCGCUGGCUCCUGGAGAACCUGAUGGCUCGGGUGGAGGAGAAGAGAUCCGCUGUGGAGAACACCGCCAAGCAGAUUCAGGGCAGACUUCACAGCGUAAAGAUCACGCAGAGGAAGGCUGAGAACCAGAUUAAAAUGGCUAAGAUGAUCAUGAUGAACGAGCUGAACAAACGGGCCAACCUAUUAAUAGAGCAGCUGGAGAAUAUCUCCAGCGGUUUUAAGCAGCAUCUGGAGGACCAGCUGCAGGGGGCUAUAGACCUUUGUAGCCAGCUGGAGCAUGUGCAGAACUUCAUCACCUGGGCGGUGGCACAUCACAGGAGGAACCCGCUGCUGUUCAGCAAAGAUCUGAUUGCUCUUCAGAUGCAGCAGCUCCUGGAGCCACUGAUCCACUCCGAAACAUGGACACCUCUGAAAAUAAAGUUCAACUGGGAUGCCAGUUUCUGGACCAAACAGAUCUCCGCUCUGGGUCAGCUGAGUGUCGAGGGAGGAAGUCGCUCAUACUCUGAGGGCGUGGGCCGGGCCGCGAUCCUGAGACCUCAGCCUGUUCCCUGCGUGUCCGUGCCGUCUCUGUGUUAUCCGCUGCGAGAGACAGACUGCAGCUAUCAGUCGUUCUGCCAGCACCAGCUCUGCUGCCUUCACUGCAGACCGGCGUCGUCUGUCCCGCUGGACAAGUACACACUUCCACUGGACAAGUACUCGGUACCUCACGCUCAGGAACCCAGCUGCAGUUCCCCUCCGAGCCUGCAGAGGUGCUGGAAUACUGACACCACGACCCAAGUGCACCCAUCCCAGAAUUCCACUCAGCGGAGCCCAGAUCCAGAGCCAGUGAAACGCCCUGCUGUGAGCGACGUUCAGCCCACAGAGCAGGAGAACUUUCCACAAAAACAGCGUGAAGAUCAAGUGGGUGAGGAGUGCAGUGAGGAUCGAGUCUCAGCACGGACAGAGGAAGACACGAGAAACCCCGGACCCUCAGACAUGCUGCUGCAGGACAGAGGAGGAUGUGGAGCGAGUGCCGAGAGCCCGGAGAGCAGGAGCGCGGUGUGCAGCAUCUCGGCAGAACCGGGAUCGUCAGGCAGCGCUUCAUACCAGCCCGGUUCUCUCGGGGUUAAUCAGCACCGAGGAACAGCAGCCGAGGAACAGGAGCACACGGUACAGAGGCUGGAAAACACAAGUCCUACUGAAAGAAGUCCAGACGAUGUGAUGACCCGGCUUCAUCCACACAGCUGUGAUGGUUCUUCUCAGACAGUCUACAAGACUGAGCCAGAUAACGUUUAUGCAUAUUCUUCUGAAAACACCAGCUGUACGAAUCCCACUAAAUACAGCAUACCGAGAAAAGUUCAAGACACCAGCAGAAAAGUUCCUGAAGGUUCUAAGGUACCAGUUGUGUGUCUGAAACGUCUGAAGAUCCUGGUGUCCAGAUGUCCACCACAGGGACACCACAGCACAGCUCCUCCAGCUGACUCCACUCUGAAGUGUGAAGGCAUCGUGUCCCAGGAGCUGGACAGAGAACUUAGUGCUGAGGAGGAAUCCAAUGAAGAUCCAGGACAGAGAGUGGAGGUGGAUCAGAUUCCUUGUGAGCCACUGUUAGCAGAACAUCUUCCAUGCAGCACAUCACCUGUUGAUUCAGAGUCAUCACUGCAGGAGCUAUGCAACCGAAGCAUGGAAUUUUCAGCACCCAGUGCUGCAUCGGCCCAAUCCAGCAAUCUGGAACCUUCCACACCACCUGAAACUGAACAUGCUUCUGAACCCAAUCCAUCUGAACCCAGAUCAGUGCUGGCGUCUGACUCGCAGCUUGACUCCACAGUGGAAGCUGACUUCGGCUCAGAUGCAGAACUGGAAUCAGAACUUCAAAUUGAAACGGAUCCGAGCUCCACAUCGGAACCACAAAUUGAAUCGGACUCAGAAUCAGACCUUGAAUCCGAACAGAUUCCGUUGCUCUCCGGCGAGUCCGAGCAGGAGCUGGGAUCGGAUCCAGACUCCACCGCCGAAGUGACUCUGAAUCUGGAGCAGGAGUGUGAAUGGGAGGCGGAGCAAGUCAGUGCGGACGUGAGCGUGCAGGAGGAGGUGGGCGUGGUUGAGCGGGAGUGUGCGGAGGUGGACAGUGAGGAUUUUUGUGCCGUCUGCUCCAUUGGCGGCGAGCUACUGUGCUGCGAUUGCUGCCCCAAGGUCUUCCACCUGACCUGCCACGUGCCCUCGCUCCUCAGCUUUCCCACGGGCGACUGGGUGUGCACUCUGUGCAGAGACGUGCAGCAGCCAGAGGUGGAGUACAACUGCGAGGACUCCCGGCUGCCCCCACACGCCGCGCCAUCUGCCCUGCCGCCAUGUGACCUGAGGAAAUGUGAGAAGCUCACGCUGCUCAUCUACAGCAACAUCCUGAGCGCUCCGUUCCACGAGCCCGUCAGCCCGCUGGCUCGUCAUUAUUAUCAGAUCAUCAAGAGGCCCAUGGAUUUGUCUGUAAUCCGGAGCAGACUGAAGAGAAGCAGCUCGGCUCACUACAGCUCCAUCAGAGAGUUCGUGUCUGACGUCCUGCUGAUGUUUAAAAACUGCGCCAAGUUUAACUACCCGGACUCAGAAGUGGCUCAGGCUGGCCGCAGCCUCCAGUCCUUUUUCUUCUCCAAGCUCAGUGAGAUUUUUCCUGAGCUCAUCUGUCCUGCUCCUGAUGAGGACUCGGACAGCGAUGAUUACGAGGAGCCCGAGUGUGCGGCUGCCAUGGCCUUCCCCUGGCCUGAGAGGAGAGAGCAGAGCCACAGGAAGAGGAAGAGGAGGCGCUCGCUCACCUGGAGGAGACAUCAGUAUUAACCUCCUGUUCCAUGAUGGCUUUCUAAACCAUACGAGUUACACAGCUUCCCGAUUAAAGAGAGAGCUAAACCCAAUUAAAACCUUUUCUUUUCUAAGUUCCCAUCUUCUUCCUCCCUUAACUUUUAUAAUCCUGUGUGCCACUGUGUUCCAUAUUCACACAGCUGGAGCUUUAUAAACCCCAUCGCUGUGCUGCGAGGUUCUGCACUGGGACGGUCUCUCCAUGUCCGAGCUUCUCUUUGGAAAGGUUUUGAUAUCUCACAGGUUGCUGGCGACUGCUGCUUCAUGGAUGUAGAUGAGCAAUGUCCAUUAUUGUAUACAGUAAUAUACAGUAUAUUUAUUAUAGAUAAUGUGAUAUUGUGAUAUGUUUUUAUAUGCUUUAUAUGCCCUGUCUGUAACAAGCGUUUCCUUUUUCCUCCUGUAGUAACCCAUUAGACCUGUAGGGGGAGCAGUUUAUAUAACCUUAAGCCCAACAGCUGUUCACAUUGGACAGACUAUGUUGAAUUAAUUUUCUUUUGGCUAUUUAUCAAUGAAAAAUAUUCCUCCUAUUCUGGAGAGGAACGAGGAUUCUGAUUGGACGUUGCUAGGUAACUCGUUUUAAAUAUGUAUCACUUAAAUAUUAAUUUAGUAACGAUUCUAAAAUAUUCAAGGAAUGAAUUAUUUCUCAGGUAGAAGUGAAGGAGGAGUGCGGUUUAUUCCUCAGUAUAACUCGUGUACAGGGUAGACAUGAAAAUAAUAAUAAUAAUAAUAAUACUUUGUAAUAGUGUAGAAUUUGUUUAUUUUAUUCUCUUAUACUACUGUAAUUAUCUGGAUUAUUUGAUCGAUAUAUAGACUUCUGUUUGUACUUCAGCUCAUUUUGCUUCCUUCAUAUAAUCCCACUUUAAAUCAUUUACAGCUUUAUUUACAUUGUACAGUUGGACAUCAUCAGUAUCUACAUUUCUUUUCUAAUGCAGUACUUUUUAUUAUUAUGAUUAUUUUUUAAUCUGCUGUAUAAUCUGUACAGAUUGUAUAAAUAGUCUGUGGUGGAUCCUGGUUAUUAUCUGCUAAUAACUCAGACGUGACACCACUUCUCAGUUUAAUUUCCAUUUUUUGGCACAAACUGAGUGGAAAUGUUCUCACGCUGAAUAACGAUGUAAAUCCGAUCACUCUCGUACUCUCGACUAUGUUGCUGCUUUGUCAAUGUGCCAUAAACACUAUUCAUAGCACUGAAGAUUCCAUUUAAUCACAGAAACUGCAUGAUCACACAGUGAGGAGAUAAAGAUCCGCACUUGGACUGCUGAGUGUGGACGUCAUUAUAAUGAGCUGCAUUUAUCAGAAUUAAAACAUCCUGAAACUCA